GGAAAGCGACCGCAAGAGGCCCCGUUGGAGCGGCCGCCGGAGCAGCGCCGGAGAUGGGAGAACAGCCCAUCUUCACCACCCGAGCGCACGUCUUCCAGAUCGACCCCAGCACCAAGAAGAACUGGGUGCCUGCCAGCAAGCAGGCCGUCACCGUCUCCUACUUCUACGAUGUCACCAGGAACAGCUAUCGGAUCAUCAGUGUGGACGGAGCCAAGGUGAUCAUCAACAGCACAGUUACACCGAACAUGACGUUCACAAAAACAUCACAGAAGUUUGGGCAGUGGGCUGACAGCAGAGCUAACACAGUGUUUGGCUUGGGGUUUUCCUCUGAGCAGCAGCUGACAAAGUUUGCAGAGAAAUUCCAGGAGGUAAAAGAAGCUGCCAAAGUAGCCAGAGACAAGUCCCAGGAGAAGAUCGAAACCUCGAGUGAUCACUCCCAAGCAUCCAGUGUCAAUGGGACAGAUGAUGAAAAGGCCUCUCACGCAAGUCCAGCUGACACACACCUCAAGUCCGAGAAUGACAAGUUGAAGAUUGCAUUGACACAGAGCGCCGCGAACGUGAAAAAGUGGGAGAUUGAGCUGCAGACCCUGCGGGAGAGCAAUGCCCGGCUGACCACGGCGCUGCAGGAGUCAGCGGCCAGCGUGGAGCAGUGGAAGAGGCAGUUCUCCAUCUGCCGUGAUGAGAACGACCGGCUCCGCAGCAAGAUCGACAAGCUGGAAGAGCAGUGCAGUGAGAUCAGCAAAGAGAAGGAGAAGAACACUCAGCUGAAGAGGCGCAUCGAGGAUCUGGAGGCAGAGCUUCGAGACAAGGAGACGGAGUUGAAAGAUCUCCGAAAACAAAGUGAAAUCAUACCUCAGCUCAUGUCAGAGUGUGAAUAUGUUUCUGAGAAGUUAGAGGCAGCUGAGAGAGACAACCAAAACCUAGAAGACAAAGUCCGCUCUCUCAAAACAGACAUCGAGGAGAGUAAAUACCGGCAGCGCCACCUCAAGGCGGAGCUGCGGAGCUUCCUGGAGGUGCUGGACGGCAAGAUCGACGACCUCCACGACUUCCGCCGAGGCCUUUCCAAGCUGGGCACUGACAACUAGCGCUGGGCCACGUGGGGUGCUCGUGAGUCCCGAGUGUGUGUGUGAGACGAGCUUGGACCAGGACAUUCUCCUGUCGCUUCUGUAAAUGCAGGUGCAGUCUGCUGUGUUUCCAAACCAGUUGUGCCGUCCACUUACUCCUCUCCAGAACAGAAAUCUCCUUUCAUUUCUCCAGCCUUGUGAGGGUGUGGACAACUGGAAGAUUCUGACUCAGGAAUCCAGAACUAGGUCUACCUUAAACAUUUACACAGUCAGGGCAGGGAUGUUUAUAUCUUUCUUAAGGGCUGUUGCAACCAUAUGAACUAAAAAAAGUACAUGUAUUUUCUAAUCCAAAUACCAAUAUCCUUUACACCAGGACAUUUGGCUCCUUUUAUUGACCAGCAUACUCUGGACAUCCACCAAGACCAGUCCCUGGGGGCACAGAGAGAACAGCUUCCCUUUCAGUAAACUCUGAGAUACGUUAAAGCAACCCUUUAGUAGAGACUUAUCCAGAGAAAGCAAACAAGCUUUUGGUGGGCAUGUUUUCUGGCAUGGUGGCCACCGGCAUCACUGUACUCCCCAGUUUGUACGGUUGCGACAUUGUUCCUUUCUUGGUUUUAAUUUCUGAGCAAAUGAUUGUGCUGUGGGAGUAGCACUCGGUGAGGGUGCCUGGCACAGUGCCUGGCAUGAAGUAGGUGCUUAAUAAAUAUUUGUUCAAUUAAA